AUGGAGGGACGUUACUUGAAGACGAGUCAAGUGUACAAGAAGCGAGGAGCAUUUAUUUUUGUCGAACUCGUGUCUACUUGUCGCGUACUCACUAAUUUGGUGAUCGAUUCGCGCCACGUGAUGAGCAUGAUUUCGUCAAUAAGUUCCGAGCAGCUGUUACGCACGCCGUCUUGCAGUGGAGAUCCCCAGGAACAAAUGGAUCUGGACGAGUGCAGAGCGGAAGCGGGGAUAGCUACUAUAGCUGUUAAGUGCGAUAGUGAGUUAGCAAAGACUAUGCGUACGGAUGACCCUAAACGGGAUUCAGUGGUGGCAGCCGUAAAUGAACAAAGCGCGUUAGUAAAAGAGAUAGUGCGCACCAUUCUGAAAGAAAUGCGCGAUUUCUGUGGCCCAAGGAUUGCUGACGGGAUAAUUAAUCUUUUGAGAACAGCAAAUAUCUCUGAGGCCGAACAAAUGAAGCAGUUAUUUAGCGAUUUCGACGACAUGAAAUCGAUAGUGGAGAGCCUACGCAAAAGAGUUGAAGACUUGGGCGACAACUCGUUGAGGGCGGCAAGCAGCCAAGGCGAAAACGACGGACCUGUGGUGGCCCAACAACGGAAUCUCAGCCAUCGACCUGGAUGCGAUCGACCCAAGGAUCCUCAAGGACUAUGCCGAACGAAAACUCAAGGAACGAAGCCAGAAUACGACCUUCAUCGGACACAGGCGAGGACCAAAUUUCUGGAUUUUCUAUGA